AUGUCGGUGGGCAUUGAUACGGGAUUCUCAAGUGAGGAGAUUCUGAACGUUCGCUUCCCACUCCACCGGGCGUGCAGGGAUGGAGAUAUCGGUGCGUUGUGCUCGCUUCUUCAGUGCACCUCAAACCCUGCGGACUUAGCCGUGGAGGACUCUUUCUACGGCUGGACACCCAUACAUUGGGCUGCUCAUUUCGGAAAGGUAAUCGGAUAUUUAUAUAUAUUUUUACUAAGAAAUGAAAAGGCCGAGGCAUAGAGUUGCUAACCAUCUUUGGCCGAGGUUUCCAGCUGCCAUUUCAAAAGACAGACUGAAUGAGAAAUAUUUAGGUAGCUAGCUAACGUUAGCUAGCUAGCCCUUGAUCAUAACUCUCAGUUCCAUUACAUUACACAUAAAUCAUUGGACGAAGCCGUCUUCCGUAGGGGGGAGUUUUGUUAAGGUCACUCCCUGACGCGGCUCGGUCUGAACAUUAACAUGCAUCGCUUGCAGUACGGUUUUGAAAGCAUAAGGACCUUAUCAUUCAUAUCAGCCAGAAAUAAUAAUAAAAGGUUAAAUUGAUAUACAUCUUGAUAGGGUUAGUGUUCCCACACGGCCAUAUAUCCAUGUUACAGCGCUCGUUUACCGAAAACAGAUGGAAGACAAGACCUGUACUAAUUACCUAUCUAGCAACUCGAAGUGUAGUUUCUUUGAUCUGUGCAAAACUGCUACAGUAAGUGUGUCGUUUUAUUUGAAGGAUUCUUUCUCACUGAUGAAAAAUAAGGGCCAUAUGCUUUGAAAAGCCAUAUUGCAAGCUUAUUGACGUUUCUAAACGUGAAAACUGUUGGGAGAAGGCAGAAUGUGUCAAAUUGUGUAACAUUUUACAUUGGGACUGUUGAAAAUAAACAUAAUUUUGUGCUAUAAUUUGUCACUUCCAGCUCAGCAGAAACGGAAUGUGUCAUGGCCUGACUGAUUGGAUUGGCCUCCAUCAUAAGCUGGUUACAGUGUGGCGGGCUCGAUUGUUUAUUGGUUGCGUUGGAAAACCAAUAACAUGUAACGCGCCAAAAGGCAGUUUAUAAGCACACCGGACUCCUUCCCAUGUACAAGUGUAUACAUAAACAUUGUAAACAAGUCAACUGAAGGACGGGGUGAGCUCGAGUCCAGCCUAGCUGAUUGUUUGACUAGGAGGAACAAUUUCAAUCCAUGGUUUUAAAUCGGCCUCAUCACUGACUGGAUGUUGAUCGAUUUCAGAGAGAAGUGAAAGUACGAUAGCUAAAAGUACAAGAGCUACACCGUAUCAAUUGGAACAACCUAUUUUAAGCACACACAGAGAACAGCACAUUCUCCCCCCUCUAUUUCCCUGUCUGUGUCUGGUUAGUGACAGUAUGCUAACUCGGCCUCAGGCAUAUACUAAAAUCGAGUCGGCCAUUGACUCUCUUUUGUGCUGCUGAGUUAGUAUUAGUCACCCUGAGUUACUGUAUCCUGAUGGGAAGGAUGGAUGUUUAGAUGACACAGCAGGGUUUUACAAAUAGCGGAGGCAUGGUCUGCCUGACUCAAUGACUGACCACAAGGCAGUUUGUGGUUGUGAGAAGCAUAGUUGUCUCAUUUGUGUUGCUCAUAAAAAACGAACAUGCCCAAACACAAUUUACACACAAUAUGGAGCAUGGCCAACUUCCAGGUUACACCCUUGUCUUAUGGUAAGGAAAUCCCCCCCCCCCCCCCUCAUUGCGGAGUGCCACUUAAAUCACUGUUCACUCUUGCAGAAAUCAACAUUUUAUGACGUGUCAAAUAGUUUGGAUAAAGAAUUUGUUUAUUAUUUAGUGGCCUUUGCUCAGUGUUUUAUUAAAUUGUUUAGGUCUACCCAACCUACACCCUUUAUAGAGUUGGUUUCACACCAAGUGAGGUGGUAUGUCCCAUGUGGCUCAGUUGGUAGAGCAUGGCGCUUGCAAUGCUAGGGUUGUGGGUUCGAUUCCCACGGGGGACCAGUAUGAAAAUGUAUGCACUCACUUCUGUAAGUCGCUCUGGAUAAGAUAAAUUACACAAAUGUAAAUGUAAUAUAGUUAUUUGGAUUGAUGCAUUAUUAUAUUGCCCUGGUGGCGUUUUAACUGGGUGUGAUUUAGGCUUGGGCCAUAUACCGGGGUAUUUGGAAAUAGCGGAUGGUUUUUCAAUACCGUUAACUAUUUCUUAGAUGUCAUUUUUUUAUACAUUUGAAUAUUGUAGCUACUUUUAAAGUAAAUACCUGCAGUCAACUUGUGCAAUAUGUUAGGAGAUAAAGAAGAUUGCCUUCUUCAUUUCAUCUGUCACAUAAUUUUUCAUAUUGAAGCUUACCGGUAGUACCCAUUCACGUGGUGUUUGUUUACAAGCACACAACAAUAAGAGACCGGAGCCUUGUGACUCACUGUUGUGCAGCACGAGCCAGGUGCUCUAGUUACAGUAUGGAAUUCACAACUAAAUGUUUGCCAGCUGAGAUAUCUUAUAACUGUUAAUGGUCUAAAAUGUGCUAAAUGCUCUGCAGUUGUGCAUUUGGUGUUCUAAAUUAAUAGCUAGUUAGCUAUCUAGAUAAGUGGUUAGCUUCUUCCAAAAUCAAGCUUUGCUUGCCGGUAACUGCAGAGAAUGGCCUCCUGGAUCAAGAGCCUUGCUGUCUAAUAUUUGUUUUGUCCAUGCAGCAAACUGUGAGUAGCAUUUUUUAGUUACUUGAAUGACUUUAUGAGCUGGGAUGUCUGUUCUGAAAAUAGCAAUGCCUUGUUAUCAUUUAGUUAGCAUUCUCUAUGGGAUUUGACAUAUAGUUGUUAGCAUUGCUAACCUUCGGAUUACAAAGGCUCAGUGGUGCUUGAAAAUAGCGCCCCUUGUGUUCAGUGCCGGUAUUACCAAAUAUCCAGGAAUGGCAUUUACAUUUACAUUUUACAUUUUAGUCAUUUAGCAGACGCUCUUAUCCAGAGCACAAGGUCAGUAAGAAGGUAUGACAAUCUGGAUACCGCCCCAGCCUAGUAUUUGAUUACAGAAAAUACUGAUACUGUAGGCCUUUUUCUUUUGUAUUGCUCCACUAUACUGUUUAGCUUGAAGGCCUGUGGAUUUCCUCAAGGCAGGACAGACAUAGCAGGGGGCUUUGACACUGUAUUGGUAAUAAAUAAAUACUUUUUUCCCCUUCUGUCUCCUCUCAGUUGGAGUGUGUGAUGGGUCUGGUUCAGGUGGGCUGUGGGGUCAAUGCGGUGACCACAAGGUUUGCUCAGACACCCACUCACAUUGCUGCGUUUGGGGGCCACCCAGAAUGCCUGCUGUGGCUGCUGCAAGCUGGCGCCGACAUCAACAGACAGGUACAGUGCACAUGGAUGCAUACACUUACCAAAACACACACCCACGCACGCAGCAGGAGAGGGGGGACAGACGUAGUGAAAAUGUGACAGCAGCCAGUGUGUGUGAGAGAGGCUGAGCUCAGACUGAUCCUAUCAGAGGGAUCAUCCUGGCUUUGGGCCAACCCAUCUGAAUUGGUACCUGUUACACAUUUAGAUUGAGCGUAUGUUAAGAGGAAAGAGGCACUGCAAGAUAUCCAUUCUGUUUGGUGGCUAUGGUCUUAUUACAUCUAUAAAACCUCCUCAGCCCUGUGUUUGUGAAGAGCCCCAGCCAGCCUGCUUUUAUCUCCAUGCUGUUGGAUUAAUGACUGACAGAAAACCACCAGUCGUUCUGUAUGUGCGCACGUACGCUUCUAUACAUUUGAAAAGCCAAUAGGGUUUUUAUUUAGACUUGAUGUCAUUGGUGUGUGUGUGUGUUCUUCUGUCAUGCUCUUUUGUUUACGCUCCUGUCUUGUGUGUGCACACACUUCACCGACCAUCUGACGCUUCACUGCACCACUCAGAGAAAUCUGAAUUAGUAGGUCAUGAUGGCAUAACUCCUACCUCUCCUAUUGGCAUGCUGCAGCAUGUCACUGUUAUUUCUAAUAGAGCUCUAAUAUGACUUACAUAAAAAAAUUCAACCCAUAUUUCAAAAAUAGCCAUACAGUUUCCCCUCCAUUAAACCCAUCAACCUCUUUUAACCCCUCCCUUGUAUGGAUUUAAUAAAGCCACCCAGGGAUAUGGUGCAGGGUGGGUCACCACUACAGCAUUUCAAAUGGCCUACAUUCUCUGUGUGUGAAGAACAGUGGUUAUGGAAAGAGGAGGGAUUUGUUGGAAAAACACUCUCACAAUCUCUCUUUACCACUCUUUCAGCAUCUCCCUCACUUUCUCUCUCAUGGAGGAAUCUAUUUUGAAAAAUGCUCUCACUCUCUUGCCACAGCCUUCUACCUCCCUUCCUCCCUCCCUCUCUCUCUACCGCCUUCCCUCUCUUCCUCCCUCUCUUUUUCUCUAAUGCGUGAUACUCUACGGCCGUGUGGCCUGCUGUGCAGCUGGGGUGACGAGUUCACUCUGCUUCUGGAGAACUUCACCCUGGUGUCUGCCAGACCUCACCAGACACUGCUCUAAGGGAAAUGAGAGAGGGGAGGGAGGGAGGCUAAUCUGCUGCAUAUUAUUGCAGCACAAGAAACCAAUGUGAGCUUCAGUUUGUGUAAAUACAGUGUGUAACACAUUUAUUUCCUUCUCUCUCCUUCUCCGUCUCUUUCUCUAUAACCUCCCUCUCUCUUUCUCAGGACUAUGUGGGUGAGACACCCAUCCAUAAGGCUGCCCGUGCAGGCAGUCUGGACUGUGUCAACGCUCUCCUGAUUCAGGGGGCGAAAGCUGAGUAA